UGUGACGUCAUACGCAAAUUACAUUGUUGUGGGGAAGAAGGAAAGAGAUAGAGCGAGUCUUUCUUGAGUCUUUAGUGAUUAGUAAUUGAAGGAAAGGAUCAAUAGAUAUGUACAAACUAGUGGCACUGGCCUGUAUCCUACUGGGGGCUCUCGUUCUGUCAGUUUCUGCCCAGAAUGAUGAUGAACAUAGACAAUUUUGUGCUAAUAUUACAGAUUGUGGUGAAUGUGUAGGAGCAUCAAAUCCUGACUUGUCUCAAGGAGGCAGGUGCUACUUUUGUAAGAAGACGGACAAAGGCAAAGAGAAUGUCUGUCUACCCUAUGGGUUUAAUCUACCAAUUGCUUCCUCUUCUGAAUGCCCUGGACUCAACUUCAACAUUGACAACUGCACCAUAACCGCUCUGGUAUACAUUAUUCUUAUUUGUGUUUUUGUGGUUCUCUUCUUUGCUGGUUGCUGCAUCAUCUGCUGCUGUUGCUGCUGCUGGUGUCACAGGAGGAGACAGAGACAGAGAGAACUAGAAGAUGAGAACUACAUGCAGGAGAGAGACCACAUUCGUCAGAAGAGCAGUGAGCGUCGUGCUGAGCGUAAAGCCAAGAAUGAUGAAAUCCGCAAGAAAUAUGACUUGAGGCCUUAACGACGACACUACUGGGACUUAUAAGCGUCUUCAGUGAUAGCCGCACAUACCUACCUACACCUACAGUAAAGUAAUAUGGAGUGUGAACAAUGUCAGUUUAAUAUUUCUUAUAAUUAUACAACAACGACAUAAUAACCUGUACUAUUUUCAGUAACUACCUCUCUCGUUCUUUCUUUAUUAUUAUUAUUAUUAUUAUUAUUAUUAUUAUUAUUAUUAUUAUUGCUAUUCUUCUUUAGUGUAAUGAUGUUAAUUUUUGCUGUUUAGCUGACCUAAUUUAUUAUUAUUAUUAUUAUUAUUAUAUUAACAUGCAAUUUUUUGAUUUUUAAUUUCAUUUUGUGUAGUCUAGUCAAAAUUCACCUCAAA